AUGCUUUUCCACAGCCUGUCCGGCUCUGAGAUGCACGGGGUCAUCGAUGAGAUGGACCGGAGAGCCAAGAGCGAAGCGCCAGCCAUCAGCUCGGCUAUAGACAGGGGAGAGACCGAAACGACCAUGCCUUCCAUCAGCAGUGACCGGGCUGCCCUGUGCGCCGGCUGCGGGGGAAAGAUCUCCGACCGUUAUUACCUCCUGGCAGUGGAUAAACAGUGGCACAUGCGCUGCCUGAAGUGCUGUGAAUGUAAACUCAACCUGGAGUCCGAGCUCACCUGCUUCAGCAAGGACGGGAGCAUCUACUGCAAGGAGGAUUAUUACAGGAGGUUUUCGGUGCAGAGAUGUGCGAGGUGUCACUUGGGGAUCUCCGCUUCCGAAAUGGUCAUGAGGGCCAGGGAUUUGGUAUAUCACUUAAACUGCUUUACUUGCACCACUUGCAACAAGAUGCUGACCACUGGCGACCACUUUGGCAUGAAGGACAAUCUGGUGUACUGCCGCCUCCACUUCGAGACUCUCAUCCAGGGGGAGUACCAGGUGCAUUUCAAUCACUCGGAUGUAGCCGCUGGGAAGGGCCCAGCACUGGGAGCGGGCUCUGCCAAUACUUUGGGACUGCCUUAUUACAACGGCGUGGGGACUGUCCAGAAGGGGAGACCCAGGAAAAGGAAGAGCCCAGGGCCUGGGGCAGAUUUGGCAGCUUACAAUGCAGCUUUAAGUUGCAAUGAAAACGAUGGUGACCACCUGGAUAGAGACCAGCAAUACCCCAGUAAUCAAAAAACAAAGCGCAUGAGGACAUCAUUCAAACACCACCAGCUGCGGACAAUGAAGUCUUAUUUUGCUAUUAACCACAAUCCUGAUGCCAAGGACUUGAAACAGCUAGCUCAGAAAACUGGCCUAACCAAAAGAGUUCUGCAGGUUUGGUUUCAAAACGCCCGAGCCAAAUUCAGACGGAACCUCUUACGUCAAGAAAACACAGGGGUGGAUAAGACUUCAGAUUCCACACUCCAAGCAGGAACCCCGUCAGGACCCGCCUCAGAAAUAUCCAAUGCCUCCAUGAGUCCAUCCAGCACUCCCACUACCUUAACAGACUUGACUAAUCCUACCAUGCCUACUGUGACAUCUGUCUUGACGUCAGUACCCGGAAGUCUUGAGGUUCAUGAAUCUCGAAGUCCUUCACAGACAACUCUCACAAAUCUUUUCUGA